UUAGCAUCAUCCAUCCCUCUUCUACUAAACCCUAAUUAUAAUAAGUUUGUUUUUGGGAAGUCGGACACUUAACAUAUGUGGCCAAAGCAAUAGCCUCCAAUGCUCUCAACAAAAGAUGAAGGCUAAUCAUCUUCUUUCAACUUUAAUCAAAGCAUGGUCCAUGAUGUCCAUGUUAAAUUGGCGACCAAAAGGGUUUUUGUAAUGGAGGCAAUGAGAAGUUGUCAAAGUAAAGAGAAUGAGCUCAUGUCAUCAUUUUGUGUUUUAUAUAAGAAUGAAUGAGCUUGAAAAGAUGUAAUUAUGACUUUUGAUAGAGUGACUUUAAUUGAUUACAAUUAUAAUUAUAGCUACAACUAAUCUUCAUCAUGAUUUGAAUAGAUGUCUUUCUGAUUAGUUUAACACAGGAGCAUCAUUGAACUAUUCUAUAUACUGGGCGAAUCAAAAUACAUAUAUUGGACUUCGUACUAAUGGCACAAUUUAAAUAUGGCCAUUUUCAUCUCCGUCUUCUUCCAAUUUCUUGAGAUUAUAAUUAAAGAUGAUUGUGUCAAGUGGCUUUUGUGAGUUAGGAUGUUAGGUUCCAAUUCCAUUUCUUCGAGAGCAUCACCUAUCUGUGUCAUCUCUAAACGAUGACAGAAUUUAGGGUGAUCUAUAAAACUUUCGAUUUGAGUAAUGAAGUACCACCUCUUUUCAGUUUAGCAUGAAAUUGACAAUUUUUAUAAUUGUGUUAGCUAUAUUGGAUUUUAAAGGGGUAGAUUGCCUUGUUGGUGGAGAUAUAACUUUGUCUCUUUAAUAUAUUUAUGACGAACAAAGGACCAAAAAUAAAUUCCACAAUGAAAAGCAAUUUACUAAUAUGUUCUCACUUAAUUCCAUUAAACAAAAAUUAGGUGGCGCGAAAAUAACGUCCUUCUCAACUGAAAAACCGUCCACCUCCGCCCCCUAACUCCUCUUCCUUCCUUCUCCUCUUCCAAUCUUCCAUUCAAACUAAAUACAAUUCUCUCUCUCUCUCUCUCUCUCUCUCUCUCUCUCUCUCUCUCUCUCUCUCCAACCUAAUCGCUAAACCACCGUCAUCGCCGCCGGCCGCCGGCGUAUCCGCAAAAUCCUUUCCCCGCCCCUCCAAACGAAAAAACCACCGCCGACCCUGUUCGUCCUUCUCUUCUCACGGCGAGAUCUCGAAUCCUUUGCGUCUUCGCCAACGAUUGAAGCAAACCCGAACACGCCAGCGAUCAAAUUCACAAACUUUCCAAGCUUCCACCCAAUUCCCAGGUCUGAACUUCUUUCAAAUCUUCUUAUCAAUUUCCGUUUGAAGUUCUGUAUAAAUUCUUUAAAGUACUACGGCCUCGAUUACCUCGAUUAAUUUGAAUUCGAAUUCGAAUUCAAACUCAUGAGUUAACAAAUAGCAACUGAACAUUAAAAAAAUGUAACAGAAGCUGCGGUGAAUUUAGUGAAACCCUUCUAUCUGUCGGUCUCUGUUUUUCCUCUGUAACAGAGGCAGAGAGAUUUAAACAUUAAAAGUUCAUUAAUGGCGGGGGGUGAUUUCUUAAUUAAGCAGAAACCCAUUGUUAAUUCAUCGAUUUUCAUCCCUCCUAAUUAAAGAACUCUCAACAAUUUGUCCGUAUUUGAAUCACAGAGAGCUCUUAAUCAAAUAAAUUAAUCCCAUCUUUCAUGCUUCGAGGAAUCCAUUGUUGGGCUUUUGUUUAAAAAAUAGAAAUUGCAGUCACUGUGAGUUCAUGGGGAUGGACAAUGAUCUUUCCUCCACGUGGUCCAUCCACGUCUUGCUCAAGAACAAUGGCAUCUGCAGUCUCUGCAACUUCAAAUCUUGUCCAUAAUAUAUCAUUUCUGUGUUUCCCAAAUCAACAAAACAAACAAAAAACGCCACAUUAUAAUUUCGAUUCCAUCCCCCCUGCCUUAACUUUUUGGGCCGUUCUAAUGAUUAACUUUUUGGUUUUCUGGGUUUGAUUAAGGAGCUCGUAAUCUCAUCAAUAAUGGUGAUCUUUGUCAGUAUUUUGCUGCUGAAUUAUGGAGCAAAAUGUUUAUUUUCUAAGAAGCAUGGAGCAAAUUGUUUUUUAAAUUUGAUAGAAGGGGUGAUGGGACUUCAUAGUUGAAAAACUCCCAUGUAGGAGACAGAUAGUAACUGACUGAUAAAUAAUUUUUUGAUAAUGAACUGAAUGACAAAUAUUGAAGAUCAAAAUUUCUUGUCCAUUAAUAGCAUUUAUAGAAAGCUUUUUGCUUUCCAUUAAUUGUGGACUGGGGAGGAAGAGAAGAUUUUAUAAUAUGGGAAGGAACAAGUAAUUUCUCAUCUUUGUGUGAUUUCAAUUGAGUGUUUCAUUCGAGUUUACAGUUUACGUGAUUUUUUUAACUCGAGUUAUACAUUGUCAACUAUGCAACAAUGAGAACUCAAAGAAAUAAGUCCUUCCUUUCUAUCGUUGAAGACACCAGUGCUGUUUUCACGCUUGAUAGAUUCGAGAUUUACUCUAUUUUUCGUGACCAAAUGAAAAGACAAGAAACAUGGAAGAGCGAUUGAGCUAUAAGUAACAUGAAAACUUAUCUAUCAUUUAACCGAAUGGUUCGUGGAAUUCUUACGUGGUGCGGAAUUCGAGUUUACGUGACUUUUCGUAACCAAAAUGAGAGGGUAAAGAACAGGGAAGAGUGGGCAAUUCUGCUAUGUGUUGGUAGUAGAUUCAAGCUGGAGAAAUUGCCAGCCCAGCCAGCCAUGGAAUGCCCGUGAGAGAGUACAUUACAAAGUAUGUCAGGCAGGCAGAAAGAAAGGAAUAAAAACAGAGUAAUUGACAAAGGAAGAUGUAAAACAAAGUAAAAACAGAGUAAGAAAAAAAAAAAAAGUAAAAGGAGGAGAAAGAGAAAGGAAGGUCUCUUCCAUGUCCACUCUCUUUCCGUUCCGUCACUUAAUAUUAUCCUACGCACCAUCUCUUCUUCCCUUUUUUUCACUUUACCUUGACCAAAGUAGCAGAGCAUUUGUAGUGGUCGCUAGCUAGUUGUUAGUCACUUCUCUUCCUUCUUCCCCUUCCCCACCAUUUUCUUCUCGAGAGGGACCUUUCAUUCCAUUCCUGCUGGGCUAGCCAACAAAGGCCAGCGAUUUUGAUUGCUACCAGAACCGGAAAAAACAACCCCAAAGAAAGCUAAAGAAGAGUUUUUCGGUUAAUUUCCCACACGUUCUUCUUCCACUCCCCGCAUUUCUCUGCUUCAUCGCCCACAAACCAAAACUGCCUCUGCAUUGCCGCCAAUCGUUUCACUUCUCUGGUUUUCAUCGCUUGAUCGGGCGGUUUGUCGACGAAAUUUCGGGUACCCAAUUGGAGUUUUGAUCGUUUGCAGAUCUGGGUAUCUAUAAAGCUGCAAUCUUUUUUUCUGCUCUGCUUUUCAUUACCCCCUUUAAUGGCGAUGCUCCUCUUUCUUCUUUUUUGUUGAUGGGUAUCUCUCCUUCUGUUGCAGAUUUGCUUCCGGGAACUGAAAAAAAGGAGCUUUCUGAAGUUUGAUUCUUCUCUGUUCCAAUGCGGGAAGCUUGAAGAAAUUUCCCGAUCAAUGUGGGUUCUGAUUAAAGGGAAGUUGCUGUUGAAAUAAUAAUCGGAAUGGACGUUUACGAAUCGCGGAAGAGCGUAGCUCUGGAUUCGGCCAAACGGCUCCCAUUAGCUCCAGCAGAAAGGAACCGCAACGCGCCACCGCCGCCUCCUUCCGCCGCCGUCGCCACUCGCCGUCCGAGGAGAGAAGUUAACGCCAGGUACAAAUCACCGACCCCAUCGUCUCCUUCUGCCACCACCGCCGGCGCCGCGCGCCGGUUCCCAUCCCCAAAUGUCCCCGCCGCCAGAGUAAUCCCUUCAUCGUCUCCCAAGAGAGCCCAAUCCGCCGAGCGCCGGCGGCCAUCUCCCAACCCAAUUUCCCCCCGAACGGCGUCCACACCGGUCAAGGAUUCCGCCGUCGUCGAAGCUCUGGUGAUGCCUGGGAUUACUCGGAGGCUGAGUACAGGUGGUGGUGGGGCUCGGUUGCCGGAGAGUUUGUGGCCUUCCACGAUGAGAAGCCUCAGUGUGUCAUUUCAGUCUGAUAGCAUUUCAAUUCCGGUCAGCAAGAAGGAGAAGGAGAAGGAGAAAGAGAAGCCAACUGAUCGAACAUUGAAGCCAUCGUCCAAUGUAGCUUCUCCGAAACAUGUCGAACCGAGGAAGCAGCAGCAGCCUACGCCGCCGGAGAGGAAAAUGAGUCCUCUGAGAGGUAGGAAUUCUACUUCUUCAUCACAACAUGAUCAUCAAUCUGAGAAUGCUAGACCAGUAGCAGCAGCAGCAGUAGUAGAUCAUAGCUUCCGAGCGGCGAAGAUGAUUGAUCAGCAUAGAUGGCCAAGUAGGGUUAGUGGCAGAGCGAAUUCAAUGUCCAUGAACAAGAGUGUUGAUCUUAAUGAUAUCAAGUCAGUAAGAGCUUUAGCCACUCCUCAAGUUGUUUCAAUCGGGACCUCCACCCUCAAGAAGAUGCCUUCAUUAGGACUACCUGAUGAUGGUGGUGACAGGCCAUUGCAGAAAUCAGCUAGUGAUGCUGCGACUCGAAUGUACUCGCCCGAGAAUGAGAAAGAGAAGCCCGGGAUGAAGGCGUUCGAUGAGGUUCUGGAACGGUUGUCGAGAGCUGAGAAGUUGGUUUCAGCGAACUUGCCUGAUAGAAUGGCGUAUCUGCCAUCGGUGAGGACUCACUCGUCAUUGCCUAGCCCUAGAUCUUCGAGGCCAGCUUCACCAAGCAAGGGUCUGGGGAGUAGAGGUGGGAGUCCGUGUCGAACCAGACCAUCCACACCCCCUUCUUCAAGGGGAGUUAGUCCUUCUCGAGGGGCAGUUUCCAGCCCUUCAUCUUCAUCGUCAGCCUUUGGGUCAAAUUCGGUGUUAAGUUUCAUAACGGAUUACAAGAGGGGGAAGAGGAGUGCUAGCUACAUUGAAGAUGCACAUCAGUUGAGGCUGCUUCACAACCGGUUCUUGCAGUGGAGGUUUGCUAAUGCUCAACAAGAGGCUGCUCUUUAUGUUCAGAAAGUGAACACUGAGAGAAAUCUAUACGACGUAUGGAACACUACCAUAUCGCUGUGGGAUUCAGUAAUUAGUAAGAGAAUCGAUCUACAGCAGCAGAAGUUGGAGCUCAAGUUAAAUGCAAUUUUAAGCGAACAAAUGGCAUACCUAGAUGAUUGGGGAUUACUCGAGAGAGACCACGUCAGCUCUCUAACAGGAGCUGUCGACGAUUUGGAGGCGAGCACUCUUCGCCUUCCGGUGGCUGGAGGAGCAAAGGCGGAUAUAGAAUCCCUAAAGCUUGCUGUAUGCUCAGCCGUCGAUGUAAUGCAGGCAAUGGGAUCUUCCAUAUGUUACUUGCUCUCCAAGGCGGAAGCAAUGAAUCGAUUUGUAACAGAUCUUGCGAUCGUAGCAGCACGAGAGAAAUCAAUGCUUGCUGAAUGUGAAGCCCUAUUGGAAUCAACAGCAGCCAUGCAGAUAGAAGAGGGCAGCAUUAGAACGCAUUUGAUACAAAUGAGACAGGCUCUGGAAAACCAAGCAAUGUUGACUACAAGAAACCAUCAAUGGUGGUCCUGAUCAAAUAUCAACCCAUGAACAAACUUCAAUUACUAACCGACACUUUCCUCCACCACCAGGCAGAGAUGACAUCAAUCGAUGGUAUACUCCGGUCGCAUCUCAGUAAAAAUGUAAAUUGUUAUUAGUUUUUAUCACUUGUGAGUUGAAAUCAGGAGGGAGUUCUUUGCUCCAGUAUGUUUCUUCUUCUUUUCUCCAUACAACAGUGAGCUGUUUGUUGGCUCCUGUCUUUCUUUCUUCAAGUGUAAGCUCCUUUUGUUCUUGUACCACGCACAUGGAAGAUAGAGAAAUGAAAAAAAGAAAGGGAAAUGAAUCAAGAGGAUUCAGAAUCUCAAUCUCAUUGUAGCGACAGAUGAAAUGUAGUUGCAACUCGAUAUCUAGAUACAUCACACAAGUGUAAAUGCGUCAUGGUAGUGCAACUGUAUCUCUGCCAUAAACCAUAUCCUUCGAGUUAACGACAAAUCAUGAGCUUAAGCAAUGGAAUUAGAGCACCUGAAGAUAUCAACAAACAUCUAUGAAAUGGGUGCAUGUUUUUCAGCUGAUUCUCGCUACAUUGGUAUUGCUCCUAGAUUGACAAAAUUAAUCUAAAUUUUUGGGGAGUAUCAUGGAGUAUCAUGAAAGUAAAUGCAUUCGGGGGCAAUGCCAAAAGGAAAGAGAUGAACGCUAUAAAUGUGAAUAAAAAUG